AUGCUCUCCCAGUACGGGCACCGCGCCUUGGGCGCGCUGAUGCUCUUGGGCACCGCCUCGGGCUUGGUGGCCGUGCUGGCCUCGAUGCUGCUCUUCCAGAUCCAAGGAGGCGCCGUCGGCAACCGCGACCUGACCGAGCGGCUCCGGGCGCUGCUGCGGCCCAUCUCGGCCGGCCUGGCCUCGCUCGGCUUGGUGCUCAGCCUGAGCUGCCUGCUGCUCAGCCUCCUGCACGGCUACUGCGGCGCCGAGCGAUGCGCGGCCUCCGGGGGCGGGCUGGGCAGCGAGAGAGGUGACUGGUUCCUGCUGGAGAGCCGAAAAGUGAGACAUGUAGCUGUGGGUGUGUUUUGCUGCGCUGUUUUAGCCUAUCUAGCAGCUUUGGUCCUUGUUAAAAAUUUCAUUUUCCCUCUCUGCUGCUCUCCAGCCCUCUCGAUCUACGUGAUGACGGCAUUUGAGAGAGAAACGGGAAUUACCUGUGCUUGUAUCUUCUCCUCUGGGAUCAUCGUCUUGAUCAUUACGGUGAUCCACGUGCUCGUCCGGGCUUCCAAAGCCACGCAACAUAGCCCAGGAGAAUUGUCACACAAUCUUUACGAGAACGGCUCGGCCCAGAGCAGCAAAACACCAGCCGUUCAUCCUAGUGAUGCUCCAAAGGUGGCCUCUUCACAGUCACAUCUGGAAAUCCACCCAGAGGUUUCAUACUUAUCCUACGUGGAGCAGAAGUCCCAUCAGACCACCCCAGCGAGCAGCACCAAUGUCACCUCCGUGGACAGUGUUGUACCAACUCUGGAGAAAGAGAGCUAUAGCAUCCCCAGAACGCACCGGACACUUUCGGCAGAAUCCGGCCUUCUGCUGAGCCACGGGGUGAGGCAGGAAAUGAGGAAAGUCCUGUCUCGCAAACCGAAGGGAUCAGGCAAAGGUUCAACCUUGGUGUGA